AUGUCUAUGUACGCUAUGUCCAGUGCUUUCUCCAGUUCGGCCAACCCUGAUGAGGAUUGGACCAAGAUAUCGGACCUUGCCGAACGCAGGAGGAUACAGAACCGAAUUGCCCAGCGCAACUACCGCAAGAAGCUUAAGAGGCGUCUGGAAGACCUCGAGAGGCGCGCCGGUACCUCGGACGAUGCUUCUUCUCCCACGGGAAGUGACAAGCAGUCGCAGUCCGGCAGCACGCGGAAUACCAAGAAGACGAAUUCCUCUAAGGCGCAGAAGCCCACUGGAGCUCCGCAUAAGACCGUACAGCCUCAAUUCACACCUCCGAUGAACCACGACGACGAAAUAAUAUUCAGCCAAUCGUAUGACGACCGAGAACGGUCUCACACGCCACCGUUUAUGCCCUACUCAGCAUAUCCUCCUCCUGACGAGAUGGUUCUACCCCCGUACAACUCGGCUCAACCUUACCAUCACCCGAUUACAACCGGCGAAGGCUAUCCCAGCUACAUAGCUUCGAAUGUCCCCUGCACGCUUCCUCCCAUGACCCACUUCAACGAUGCUAUCAAGAGGGAGGCGACGUAUCCAGAAGAAACUAUGUCCCCGUACAUGAACUACGGCUUCGUACCAGGAAUGGAUGUCCACGGCCAAAAUUCGUACGACCACUCCAACCCUCAUGUGAGUCAUACUCCACCGCUUUCACACUCGUACGAACACUCGGCGAACUGUUCAGAGUCCGGUUAUGACUACCCGACAACACCUCUUUCAAUGCCUGGGUCUCCCGGCCUCGGGCAACACCGCUCAUAG